AUGUUUGAAAGGUUGAUGGAGCUUGUACUUACCGGGCUAAUUGGAGAUGCCUGUCUGGUCUACUUGGAUGACAUCAUAAUCGUAGGCCGUACGUUUGAGGAACACCUUCAAAACCUGGAACGCGUGCUCAUGAAGAUCCAGAGUGCUAACCUCAAGUUGAGUCCGAAGAAGUGCUCACUAUUCAAACAGCAAGUUAGCUUUUUGGGGUAUGUAGUGUCGCAAGAAGGUAUCCGCACGGAUCCAGAGAAAAUUACCGCUGUCAAGGAGUGGCCGGUUCCAAAAGACAAGACACAGGUUAGAGCAUUUUUGGGUUUGUGCUCUUAUUAUCGGCGAUUUGUGAAGAACUUUGCAGAUAUAGCCAAACCUCUGCACAAGCUUACCGAGGAGAAGCUACAUUUCUGCUGGGAUGAAAGUUGCGAUAUUGCAUUCCAGGAGCUCAAGAACCGUCUGUGCAAAACACCUAUUUUGGGGUACUCUGAUGCGGGCAAGGAGUUCAUAGUUGACUCAGACGCAAAUGAUAUAGGACUUGGCGGUGUGGUGUCUCAACGGAAUGGUGAUCAAGAGAUUGUGAUAACGUACUUCAGCAAGUCGUUGUCAAAGCCGGAAAGGAACUAUUGUAUCACAAGACGGGAAUUGCUUGCUGCGGUAAAGUCUUUGCAGCAUUUUAGCAAAUAUCUUCUGGGGCGGAAAUUCCACUUACGAACUGACCAUGCUGCACUGAAAUGGCUAUUGCAGUUCAAAAAUCCGGAAGGACAAGUUGCGAGAUGGAUUGAACUACAGCAGGAAUACGACUUUGUGAUCGAAGAUCGCAGCGGGAAAUCUAAUGGUAAUGCAGAUGCAUUGUCAAGAAGACCUUGCCCUGAAGAUUGCAAGCAUUGUACUAGGCAAGAGGGUAAGGAAGUGGUAUCCGUGAGGAUGCUCAGGACAAACCACCUCAGCAAUGAGUGGAAGGACAGCCUACAACAUGCACAGCAGGAAGAUUCGGACAUCAAGCCGAUUCAGGAAUGGAUGAAGGCCAGUGCUCCUAAGCCCAAAUGCAGCGCCGUCUCAGCGAUGAGUUCGAUCACGAAAAGCUAUUGGGCCCAAUGGGACGGCUUGCUGAUUCAGGAUGGAGUCCUGUGCCGUAAAUGGGAAAAUGGUCGGGGAGACAGUUGUCAUUUGCAAAUGAUUAUCCCUAAAGCUAAAGUAUCGGGUGUUCUACAGCUGUACCAUAAUGGUUGUUCAGGAGGCCACCUGGGAGUUAAACGAACUCUACUGAAGAUCCGAGAACGGUUUUACUGGGUCCACUGUCGUGACGAUGUCGAGGACUGGUGCCGUAAAUGUACAAGUUGUGCGGCUGUAAAGGGACCGCAAGCUCGUAGUAGAGGCGCAUUGAAGUUGUACAAUGUUGGUGAACCAUGGGAGAGGAUAGCCAUUGACGUUGCUGGGCCGUAUCCGUAA